CCUAUGGUUAUCAUUUCUUAUUUAGCGCUACUAUAAAAAUCCCCAAAUCCCACGGUUUGUGCUUUCCCUCUCACAAUUAUCCACUUUUAGAAUCAAAUUCAAAACCAAAAACCCGAUCAAUGCCUGAGCUCGCGGAAACCUACGCUUGUGUCCCAUCAACAGAGCGGGGCCGUGGAAUCCUGAUCUCGGGCGACCCAAAAUCCAACAAGGUUCUUUACACUAAUGGGCGAUCCGUCAUUAUUCUCGACCUUAACAAUCCACUCAACGUCUCCGUUUACGGUGAGCAUGCGUAUCCGGCCACGGUGGCACGGUUCUCGCCGAACGGGGAGUGGGUCGCCUCGGCUGACGUGUCCGGCACGGUUAGGAUCUGGGGGGCCUACAACGACCACGUGUUGAAGAAAGAGUUCAAGGUUUUGUCGGGUCGGAUCGAUGAUCUACAAUGGUCUCCUGACGGGAUGCGGAUCGUCGCCUGCGGUGAUGGCAAAGGGAAGUCUCUCGUUCGCGCUUUUAUGUGGGAUUCAGGCACUAAUGUGGGUGAGUUUGAUGGCCAUUCAAGACGAGUUCUAAGUUGUGCCUUUAAGCCAACAAGACCAUUUCGCAUUGUGACUUGUGGAGAGGACUUUUUGGUGAAUUUCUAUGAAGGCCCACCCUUUAAAUUCAAGCAAUCUCACAGAGAUCAUGCCAAUUUUGUAAAUUGUGUAAGAUAUUCUCCUGAAGGAAGCAAAUUCAUCUCUGUAAGUUCUGAUAAAAAGGGUAUUAUAUUUGAUGGAAAAACUGCGGAGAAGAUUGGAGAGUUGUCGUCUGAAGAUCCCCACAAAGGUAGCAUUUAUGCGGCCAGCUGGAGUCCUGAGGGUAAGCAGGUGCUGACAGUAUCUGCUGAUAAGACUGCAAAAGUAUGGGAUAUCUCUGAGGAUGGUAGUGGGAAGUUGAAGAAAACAUUGACAUGUUCUGGCUCAGGUGGAGUUGAUGAUAUGCUUGUUGGAUGUCUUUGGCAGAACGACCAUCUUGUCACUGUAUCUCUAGGUGGCACAAUUAGUAUAUUUUCUGCUAGUAAUCUUGAAAAAUCCCCACUCCAAUUAUCUGGACACAUGAAGAAUAUCACUUCAUUAGCUGUCCUAAAAAGUGACCCAAAAUGUGUACUGUCUAGUAGUUAUGAUGGGCUAAUAGUUAAAUGGGUUCAAGGUUUGGGAUAUAGUGGUAAAUUACAGAGGAAAGAGAAUUCUCAAAUUAAAUGCUUUGCUGCCGCUGAAGAAGAGAUCGUUACUUCUGGAUUUGACAAUAAGAUAUGGAGAAUUUCUCUUCAUGGGGAUCAGUGUGGGGAUGGAGAUUCAGUUGAUAUUGGCAGUCAACCGAAGGACUUGAGCCUUGCCCUUCUCUCUCCUGAACUUGCUUUGGUUACAACUGACUCAGGAGUUGUUAUGUUGCGUUGUACGAAAGUGGUAUCAACCAUAAACCUUGGUUUUGCUGUGACAGCAUCAGUGGUUGCACCUGAUGGAAGUGAAGCUAUUGUUGGUGGGCAGGAUGGAAAAUUGCAUGUAUUUUGUAUAGUAGGUGAUACCCUCAAGGAAGAGGCAGUUCUUGAGAGACACCGAGGUGCAAUUACUGUCAUUCGUUACUCACCAGAUUUCUCAAUGUUUGCAUCUGGAGACGCAAAUCGAGAAGCUAUAGUCUGGGAUCGUGUCUCUCGAGAGGUAAAGCUUAAAAACAUGCUGUACCACACUGCUCGGAUAAACUGUCUUGCUUGGUCUCCCAAUAACAGCAUGGUUGCUACUGGAUCACUUGACACCUGUGUAAUAAUUUAUGAGGUUGACAAGCCUGCAUCUAGCCGAAUGACCAUAAAAGGAGCUCAUUUAGGUGGAGUUUACGCAUUAGCCUUUACUGAUGAACACAGUGUGGUAAGCUCUGGUGAGGAUGCUUGUGUUCGAGUGUGGAAAUUGACCCCGCAAUGAUAAAGACCAAUAAAGAAAUGCCUUGAUCGGUUGGUGGAUGUGCUGCAUUUUAUCCGAGAUAUCGUUUUUGUGAGCUUGGUCGGCAUCAGGUAUGCAAAUUGAAAAUCUUUAAUAGGAGUUGGUUGAGUUUGUGACAUUACCAGCCUUUCUAGUAUGUAGUGUGUGUUGUAUGGUACCUGGUAUCAAGUUUUCGAUCUCGAGACCAUUGUUUCCCCAUGCAAACAAAGAUGGUUCUCACUUCUCACAUCACAUGGUUUUGCAUUUAAAUGAUGGCGUGAUAGGGUCGCAUAAUAUACUUCAUUUCUUAUUCAUCUUUGAGCGUGUUAAAUUAUGAUGUGUGAUUGUUGUAUUGUA